UGGCGGCCCGGGUGUUCCCUCAGAGCGGGGUAAGAGCGGAUCGAUCAUUUGGUGUCCGGCGGAAGGAGAGCGGAGACAUGAAGAUCUGGACCUCCGAGCACGUGUUCGACCACCCAUGGGAAACAGUCACAACAGCAGCCAUGCAGAAGUACCCCAACCCCAUGAACCCCAGUGUGGUUGGCGUGGAUGUAUUGGACAGACACGUGGAUAACAGUGGGAAGUUACACAGUGACCGGCUGCUGAGCACGGAGUGGGGAAUGCCUUCUUUAGUGAAAUCGAUUAUUGGGGCAACCAGAACAAGAACGUACGUUCAAGAACAUUCAGUGGUUGAUCCUGCUGAAAAAACAAUGGAACUAAAAUCAACAAAUAUCACAUUCACAAAUAUGGUGUCUGUGGAUGAAAGACUAGUGUACAAGCCACAUCCUCAGGAUGACAAAAAGACCGUUCUUACUCAGGAAGCGAUCAUAUCUGUGAAAGGUGUCAGUCUAAGCAGCUAUUUAGAGGGAAUGAUGGCCAAUACCAUUUCUACCAAUGCCAGUAAGGGCCGGGACGCUCUGGAGUGGGUGAUUGGCAAACUAAACACCGAACUUGAGGAUCUGAAGGCGACAACAAGAGGGGGCAUCAGGACGACCAUGGCAGCAGCGGCCUUUGUAGAGGAAUGAUGUUUACUCACGCCAUAGCCAUUGGGCGUUCCUACUGGAAAUGCUAGGAUAUUCCUCUUGGCACUUCAAUUAUUUAUUCUUAUUUAAGAAUGUAACUAUUAAGUAGGAUUUUUCAAAUUGAAGCGUGGAGAGAGGAGGCAGCGGUGUGGGAACAAUGAAUGAAGGGGACCAGGUAGUUAAGUGACUGUACAAUGUUGUACAGUGACUUUCUCUAAAUACCUCCAUCGCCCUUCCCAGUAUUAAUACUUGACUGACAGGUUUUUGAUGUGAUCUCAGCAGCUUUAUCUCCACCAUUGGACCAAGAGCCGCGUUGAACCAGCUUCUUUCAUCAUGCUUUAUUUAUAAAGGUGUUGUCCUGGACAGUCUAAUGCCCAAGGUAGUUAAUCACAAGCUUCCUUUCUGUUUCCUGGUGCCAUACAGGCAGCCCAAACUUUGGCAGCUUUUACUUCAGUAAAUGAGUGCCAUUUUCAUCGCCUGUCACUCAUCUGCAAUCUGACUAAAUGGUGUACUAAGCUAGCUCUUAAUUACAACUACCAUUGGUAAAGGAUGAGAGAAACAUGGUGCCAUUCUGACCUUUUUGCACAUGCCAGUUGCCUGAUUUGGUGAUGGACAAUUGCAGAUCCAGCUGCAAACAGUCACAUAACAACUUUGACUUUUCUUUGAUUUGGUCUUUUGACCUGCUCUGAGUCAGUAUUGAAGUUGGUCUGACAGCCAGGCAGGUAGCAUUUUCAGAAGUCACUGGAAAUUGAUGGGCUGCUUUGCGGUAAAAGUGCAUCCACAAACAUGGCUCUUUCGUCUGAUAGGUGAUAAAGUCUGUUGAUAUUGCAAAUAAACACCAUGCUUGCAGCAGUUAUUUAAAUAAAUCGUGGCAGUUAUCCUAGGAUUUUGAAGGCUAUUAAAGACUUGACACUUUAUUUCUAGCAGUAGAGUUAAUUGGAUUUAUAAGUUAGUUUGUCUUUUGGAUAGAGUUUGGAGAACCUAAAUGUGGGGCGGUUUUAGGCCCUAGAGCACCCCUAUAUACCCCAGACUGCAAAGUGAGUUUUUCUGCACCCCCCUCUGCUUCUUAAAUCUAUAAAGGAGUUUGUAUCAAGGGUGUGGCUUGGCUUUGACUUUCUGGCUGGGAAAGUUGGAAUUUUACAUCCAGAGUGGGCCGGGUUCAAUGGCUUCCAAGGUGCUCUGGAGAGAAAAAUGGCAUGCAUGUAGGUAACCUCCUAGGUUUCAGCUUCUAGGUUCUUCUAAAUGUGGAUAGCUUUAGUGACAAGUGUUCCUGUAAAAUACUGUAUGUGUUGAGAAGCAGUAAAACGGCAUUCAAAACAGAUUUUUCUGUAUCCCCUUCAAUGGUCUGUGGUAUCGCCACUGGUGCCACAGCUUGGAAACUUCAGUCUUGGCAGACAUCUAAUGUUACCUACUGAAGUGUCUUUUCCACAUUCCCCAAGUUCAAUAUAGGGUAGCGGGCACAAAUGCCGCAUUGUGUGUUCUGUGCUGGAUUAUUCUCUAUAAGAAUAUAUGGGGGGGGGGGGGGGUCACUAUUGCUGGUGACACCUGAAGAAGCCUUUCAAAGCUUUGGUAGGUUUGGAGGGUGAUCACACCAUUCAGGAUCUAGAUGACUGUGAAGACCUGAACAAGGAUCACACCUUGCCACCAAACCACCCUAAACCAACAAAUCAGUUUAAUCAAAUAAGUGUUGUUUUUCAGUCCAGGCUUCAGCAAAACUGAGACUCUUAAGCCUCGUACACACGAUCGGGUUUUCCAACGGGAAUUAUGUGACAGCCUGUUGGCAGAAAAUCCUGCCUGUUUUGUACGCUCCAUCUGACAAUUGUCGGAUUUUCCGUGGACAAAUGUUGGGUGGCCGGCUUUAAAAAAAAAUUGCGGACAACGAUCUGUUGUCGGAUUUUCCGAUCAUGUGUACAAAUGCGCAUGCUCGUAAGCAAUGCUCGCCAAACGUAACGUUAUCAAAAGGUGCCCAAAGGGUGGCGUUAAAGAGCUGAAAAACCACGUAGUACGUAACUAUGUUCGUGUUUGUUGACUGACCAUUCUUUGCCAUUUUAUAUGCAAGACAAGUUCCUGGCCAACGCCCUUCGGACACAAGUCUGAGGCUUUGUCCGUGGAAAAUCCGAUCGCGUGUACGAGGCUUUACUCAGUGCUGUAUAAUGGUACUUCCAUCUUUUUCUGACUGACUACAUAUCACAAAAAAAUAGGAUACUGUACAUCAGUUUAACUUUACUCUUUCAUCCUUUUCUCUGUGUGUAACCAUAUCAGUUCAUUAGUUUGUGUUUCAGUUGGCUGACCCAUGUACAAAAAAAAAUGUGGUGGUUAUAAAGUAGAUGUAUGGGAGCUGAUGUGUUAUGUUUAAUGUUAAAACCCCUCUUCAUGUGGAAACAGUAUUGGGGGACCUUCUAUAAAUUCAGUGUAAGCGUUGGCAUCUAUAGCAGCCAAUCAGAUGCUAGUUGUUAUGUUUCUUUAUUUAUUUUUUAUUAAUAUUAUUUUGAAAAAACUCAAAGGGACGUUGGCUGCACCAGAAAACACAACUUUCCUUUUUGAAGAGACGGUCAUCUUGCUCAAGCAGGCAACAGUGUCUUGGAAGGGUCAUUUGCUAUCCCCAUUACCUGCACUCCUUUGUAGCUCCUUGCUCCUCUUCAGACGGCACUGAGAUGGGCUCUGUCGGUGACUAUGAGGACCAGUAAUGUUCAGUCCCCCAGUCACGUGACAGGGCCUAGCGAUUGGCUCCUCAGUGGGUGCCAUCGCUGGUUUUCUUGCUUUCUGCUGAGGAAGGGGGUGCAGGUAAAGUUAAUAUAAGGGGAUCGGGGAGGGAGAAUACAGUGUCCAAAGUCCCUGCCAUUUACUUGGGCAGUGUGACCGGCUAAGCUCCCCUUUUGUAUAAAAAUUCAGUUGGCAGCAAAGGUGCCCCCACAGUAUGUUAAAAAAAAUAUAUAAAAAUUGUGGAGAGAAAUUUGGCUUUAUUUUUGAGGACAAUACAGUAGGUCAAGUGUGAAUUCCAGUCAAUGACAUCAGCUGCGUCCUGCAUUUAGGACGGGAGAACUGCUGGGUGCGUCUAAGGUGUGUCCCCAGCAACUAACGGACUUCACCUUAAGCCCAUUGAAAUGGAUGGAUACAAGUAAAAAGGAUCUAUGGUGAGCAUGAAGACAGCGUUGAGUUAUAUUGGCUCUUGUAUAGCUGUGAAAGUGUCACAAAUUUUUUAUUCCUAAUCUCAAAAAAUACCAGUUAUAUCAACCUACUGCUUGAAAAAAUUUCUAAUGAAGAAUAGUAUGGCUAGCAUGUAGCAUUAAUCCUGUUAAGUAGGAGUUUAAAAAAUAAAAAACGCCACUUGGGCUUAAACUCCCAGCAUAGAGCUGCAUAAAUUUUGGUUGUCGCCCAGUCCAGCAGCUAUUUUGUGAUUGAACUCCGCCGCCUACCAGCUGGCCAGCAACAUCACCGGGUGGCCAAGCAGCAGCGGGCAUUUUGCCAGCUGAAGGUCAUUGCCUUAUGACUGCGAUGCCAGUCGCCGACCAAAUCGGAUCAUUUCUCAGAAUGGCGGACUGGACUGCGUGUAAGCAUUUGCAUCAUACAAAUCCUGUUCUAUGGUAUGGGCACAGUUUUGUUUCGCCCGUCUAGAAAUAUAAUUUUUUUUUUUUUUUGGUAUAAAACAAAGUAACAGCUAAUGUUUGCUUGUGUGGCAGAAAUGUAACAUGGCCUUAACUAUACAGACAAUAAGGGUUAAAUGACAUGUUUUAUACAACUAGCACUCCUGAGUUUAUUUUUAUAUUUUACCUUGUUGUUCUUGUUAUGUAUGUCAUUUGGACAAGCAAAUACCAGUAAAAACUGGAAAUAUCUCA